AUUUAUCAAAUCUUAAUUUUGCGUUUCCUUUAAAUCGUUUGGUUGUACCUAGUGUGUGUUGUAUGUCUGUCUUUUUCUUCUUUUUUUUUGUUCGGUUAUAUAAAUUGCUAAAAGUAAUUGAUUUAAAUCAAUCCAAGAACAAAAAAAAAAUUAUGGAACAAAAUAAUGAACCAAUAUUUUCUGUAAUACCGAAAAAAAGUACCAUUACAGAUGAUGAUCGUAAACGGUUAUUGAAUAUAUUCAAACGAAUGAAUACAAAUAAUUUAUGGUCAAAAGUAGAAAAUUUUAAUGAUUUUCAUGCUGAACGAUUCAAAACUGGAAAUGUUAACGAUAUUUGUUGGUGUAAAUUAAGUGAUGAAUUUUGUCAACAAAAACGUUCCGAAGGUUAUAAAGAUCAGGAUUUUAUUGGAAUUGUUGUAAAAUUUUAUACCGAAUUUGAUUGGUUCAAAGUUAAUUCAAUUGAACGGGCUGUUAUCAAUACAAUUAUUUCAUCAAAAGGUUUUAGUCCUAAAUUAUUAUUUAUUGAUGAUAAAUGUCAAGUGGAUGAAUAUAUUGAGGGACGACAUUACAAUUAUGAUGAUGAUUGUGAUGAAAAUACUGUACGAAAAUUGGCAAAAGAAUUGGCACAAUUUCAUUCAAUAAAUCCUGUACCAAUUUCACGUUUUGGUUUCGAUCAAUGGAUUGCAAUGGAAGAUGAUAAAGAAAGUGAUUUUUAUAAGAUUCUUUGUGUGGAAAAACUUCAUCUUAAAAUGAUUGAACAAAAUCCCGAAUUCAAGGCAAAAUAUUAUGAUAUAAUCGCUUCGAUGGAUAUGGAAAAAGAUAAUGAAUUAUUAAAAAAAACUGUCAAAAAAAUCGGAACACAAUUAAUAUUAUCACAUAACGAUUUUAAUCGACAAAAUCGUUUAAUUCAAUUUGAUAAAAAUGGUAAUAAACGAAUAUAUUUUAUUGAUCUUGAUUUUACCAAUUAUUAUUAUCGUGGAUUGGAUUUGGGAAGAUAUUUUUCCAAUUAUCGUCAUCAUGAUGAUAUGUUUGGUAAUGAAGGUUUUCCAGAUGAUAAUGAAAUGGAUUUAUUUCUAAAUGAAUAUCGUAUGGAAUUAUCCAAAAGCCAAUCAUCUGAAUGGUUAAAUGAUCCGAAAAAUUCAUUGGAACAUUUUCGUGAUGAAUCAAAAAUUUUUACAUUAAAAGCCUAUUCAAUUGAUGCUGGUUUUGCUGUAAUGAUGUUUGUACAGAAUCCUACUACUGAUAAAUUUUUGAUAAUAGCAAAAAAUCGUUAUGAAGGAUUUUUACAAUUGAAAAAAAGAUUUACUGAUGAUGGAACUAUACCUAGAAUUUUGGCUGAAUAAAAAAUUGAUUUGAAAAUUCCGAUUGUAUGUGUUUUAUGCAUCAUUUAUUACCAAGAAUAAAAUUUCA